AUGACCGAUCAAUGUCGCGGUGUUGACGGUGUUGUUGAAUCCAACGAACUGAGCGUGAUCCUAAGAAUAGCAUCCGGCUCCACUGCCAUGCAUCAUCGCUUCAUGAUUGUCCUGAGUAUUUCGAGCCGAGAACUGGAAAAGAAAAAUAAGCGUGAGGAAGCCAAACAACCGGCUAUGUUGCCCAAAGAUGAGAAUGCGGUUACGGUACGAUGCAUAAAUAAGCGAGGUCAAAGCGCAGGACCGGACCAGAACUGCCACUACAUUAUGUAUCUGUUGUCCAAAGAAUGA